CUUUGCGUUUUUAACCUUUCGUUCUCCUCAUCAAUGGCAAUAUAGACACACUACCCCCACCAAAACCCACCGCACAAAAUCUGAAAACCCCCAAAAUAGAUUCGGCCGAUAAAUCGGUGGCUGCGGCGAGAACAGAAUCAUGUCAAUGGAGGGCUUUUCAUCUUCUAUUGACCAGCAGAACAUGGUUUCUUCCUUCCUGGAAAUUGCCGUCGGCCAAACCGUCGACACCGCUCGUCAAUUCCUUCAGGCCACUGGAUGGAGGCUUGAGGAAGCUAUUCAACUUUUUUAUGUAGGAAAUGAAGGUGGGUUAGCUACAGAAUCUGUAUAUUCUACACCAGCAGAAAACGAGCUGCCCCUCGAUGAAUCAAAUAUGAGUGAGCUGGGAAAGGAAUUGAUGGAUAGAGAUGUGAGAAUAAAUGAUGGAAGUGAUGUACGACCACCUUUACCUGUGAGAAGGGAUGUUCUUUAUGAUAGCUCAAUGCUCUACGGUAGGGUUCAAAGAGUGGGAGAUUCACCACAUGCAACUCAUUCUGUUGUUCCAUUCCGUAAUUUUGAUGAGGAAAUGAAACAUCCUGGAGUCUGGGAAAUAGAAGCAGGUUCAUCUUCUUCCGUUGUCGAUAAAACUCAGGAUAAUCUUGCAUCUUUGUAUCGUCCUCCAUUUGCUCUGAUGUUCCAGGGGCCUUUUGAAAAGGCUAAAGAUAAUGCAAGGAUGCAGAACAAGUGGCUCCUUGUAAACAUGCAGUCCACCAAGGAAUUUAGCUCGCACAUGCUAAACCGUGACACCUGGGCAAAUGAAGCUGUUGCUCAAACCAUCAAAACCAACUUCAUCUUCUGGCAGGUAUACGAUGAUACAGAAGAGGGCAGCAAGGUUUGUACUUACUACAAACUAGAUUCCAUCCCUGUCAUUCUCUUGAUUGAUCCUAUAACGGGCCAGAAGUUGCAUGCUUGGCGUGGAAUGGUUCAACCGGAAAAUUUGCUUGAGGAUCUGGUGCCAUUCAUGGAUGGCAGCCCCUCGGAUCAUCAUGUCAGUCUAUCUCAUAAACGUCCGAGAGUACAUACUGAAGCACCAGUUCAUCAUAUUCAAUCAGCUGCAGCUGAAAAUCACGAUGAAGAUGAAGAGGAAGAAUUGCAGCGAGCACUGGCAGCCUCUAUGGUGGACACUAAAGAAAUCGACGAGGGUGACUCGAAAGAAGUGACUGAAGCAAAUAAUGCUGAGGAGAAAGAGAAGAAGCCUUCUUAUUUACCUUUGCCUGAAGAACCGAAAGGUGACAGAAGCCUACUUUGCAGAGUUGGAGUCCGUCUCCCUGAUGGGCGCCGAGUGCAGAGGAACUUUCUUCGCACUGAUCCAGUUCAGCUUUUGUGGUCAUUCUGCUAUUCUGAGAUGAAGGAAAUAGAUUCGAAGCCAUUUCGCAUAACCCAAGCUAUUCCAGGUGCUUCAAGGUCUUUGGAUUAUGAUGUCACUUCGACGUUUGCGGAAUCGGGCCUUGCUAACUCAAUGGUUUCGGUUACUUGGGAGUGAAACGAGUUACUUACCAUCAAGAGUUGUGGUAUUCUGCAUAAUCUUUUGCAUGGGAGAAUUAUUGUAUUUCCUGCCAAAAAUAUUUAUGUCCAUCCUUUUAUUGUUUCUAUCUAUAUCUAUGGGCAUAAUUUAUGUAAAAAACAUAGCUGCGUAUGCUUCUGGAUUAAAUUUUAUUUAAUCAUGCUCGCCGUGUUGUUAAUCGUUACUUGUAGAAAUAUUCGAAUGGAUUCUCAAUUUCGAAUUCGUCUAUGGUUUAGUGAAUUAUCCUGCAUUUCAA